UCCAGAUCACGUGUUCUCAGCGGCGCACGCUCAGAUUAGCUAGCGCGGCGGCGCAUGCGCGGAGGAGCGGCGGAGGUCAUGGCGGGUCUGGUGGAUUUUGAAGAUGAGGAGCAGGUGGCCUCUUUUCUGGAAAACAUGGAGGUGGAAUGUCACUACCAGUGCUACAAGGAGAAGGACCCGGACGGUUGUUUCAGGCUGGUAGACUAUCUAGAAGGGAUCCAGAAGAACUUUGCUGAAGCAGCCAAGGUGCUGAAGUUCACUUGUGAAGACUACCACCACAGCGACAGCUGCUACAAGCUGGGAGCCUACUAUAUGACCGGGAAAGGAGGAUUAGCCCAAAACUUGAAAAAUGCUUAUAACUGUUUUUUAAAGGCUUGUGAGAAACCUGGGAAGAAGUCAAUAAAUGCUUGUCACAAUGUCGGACUGCUGGACCAAGAUGGGCGCCUUAAUGACAACAAGCCUGACCUGAUCCGAGCCCGAGACUAUUACACAAGGGCUUGCGAUGGCAACUAUGCCCCCAGCUGCUUCAAUCUCAGUACUAUGUACCUCCAGGGAUCCCCUAACAUCCCCAAGGACAUGGGCCUGGCUUUGAAAUUCUCUCUGAAAGCCUGCGACCUGGGCCACAUCUGGGCCUGUGCCAAUGCCAGCCGAAUGUAUAAACUGGGAGAUGGGGUGGCGAAGGAUGAAACCAAAGCCGAGUCCCUGAAGAACAGGGCCAAGCAGUUGCACAAAGAGCAGCAGAAAAGCGUCCAGCCUUUGGCAUUUGGGGUGUGAGAUGAUGAGCCUGUGUCCUCCCUCCCCUUGGAUAUGGAUUCCUUUACUGGGAUACAUUUUUGGUGAUAAAAUGUGGGGGCAGAAGCAGUGUAUUGGCCACUGGUAUCACAUGGUUUGUGUUGCCUGUGAAAUAAUUAUUUCCUUUAAAAUGUCUACAUCAGUAUGUACACCUGGGGAGCUGGGCUCUAACGAGCUCCCUCAAAGUGGAGAGACUGGAGCCCAGAGAGAUGGGUGUUGGGGAAUUAUGGAGGCUUCUCACAUCACAGAGUGUGUGUUGGGGCAGGCGUGUGCACAUGAUGGAAUGUGUGUGUCUGUCCCCAAGUUCCUGGAUUUAUAUGGUUCAUAUGGUUCCAUUUAUAUGGUUUCUUUUGGGAGAAAUUUUGUUUGUGGGAACUUGGACACUCCUAAGGUGCUCAUUAUUACCUAAGAAUGAGCCUUCUUUGUGCUGUCCAUUUUCUGAUGUCUGUUAGUUAUUGCAGUUGUAUCUGGUUUCACCUCUCAGAAUUUGUGGGAGGUGGUCUUGAUAUUCAGAAGUAAUAAUGCAGUCUAAAGAGUUACCUAUCAUUGUUACGCAGAUUUGGGAAUAAGGACAAAAAAUAUCUUGGCCCGUGUUUCUCCGGAGAGGUCACACUGGCUGACAAUAAGUGAGACUGACGUUCCAAAUUGUCCGUUUGCCUUAAAUGUCCACACCCUGCGUAAUUGGGUAUGUAGAGAAAUCCAUGAAAUAUUCUAAAAGCAAAAGAUUGUAACGUUUGAACUGAGCCUUUCAAAUUGUCUUGUGAAUAAAUUAAUUUAAUUUAU